ACAGCCGGAACCUUUAUCUCGGAGGCGGCGCUGCAGCCCGGACCUGUAUUGUUGCUGGACCGGAAGUUGAUGAAUGUCUUGAAUGCAGACUGAGCUGGUGCGGUGAUUGGAGGAGAUUUGCUGGCGGGAUGGAGGCCGAUUUGUUGGACACGCUGGAGUCUCUGGGGUACCAGGGGCCCCUAUUGGAUGAGACCACUCUAGGUCCAGCUUUAGAGAGUGGGCUGUCAUCUCCUGAAUACUGCCAGCUCUUGUGUUGGCUCAGCUCUCAGAUACAGUCAUUAGGCAACUUAGAAGAAAGUGUCAGCUCUGAAGGUGGAGACCUGGAGAGUAUUCAGCUGGAAAUAAGUGGAUUCUUAAAGGAACUCUCUUGCCCAUAUACUUCUCUGGUGUCUGGAGAUAUCGCAAGCAGACUCCAAAACAAGGAGGAUUGUCUGAAAUUGCUGUUAUUCUUAGGUUCAGAACUUCAGGCUGUACAGAUCCUACAGACGAAGUCGUUGACUUGCUCAGGUCCAAGUGAUGCUGUGAAUAAAGAAAUAAAAACUAUUUUUGAAGUUCUCCGGUUGCCUUUGCCAUCCACUUCAGAUAUUAUUGGCCAGUUAAAAAGUGUGCAAGAAAAGGUUACAGAGUUAUUACCCAAAGUUCAGUCAAAUGGCAUUAACAAGACGCUCCUCUGUGUGGAACUGAAUGCAGAACUGCUGGAACGCCUGGAGAAGAUAAAUGAAGCUCUCUGUAAAGAGUAUGAGUGUCGGCGACGAAUGUUAAUAAAACGUCUCGAUGUUACGGUUCAGUCAUUUGGCUGGUCAGAGAGGGCCAAGGAAAAAACAGAUGAGAUUGCUCGUGCUUAUCAGCCAGUGCGAUACUCGCUAUGCUCAAAAUCGAGCAUUACCAUAUCACACCUCUUGGCUGCUAGGGAGGAUCUCUCCAGAAUAGUGCGCACUAGCAGUGGUUUAUCAAGGGAGAAGACUGUGUGUCCUGUGAACAAGGUUCUAAUGGGAAGGGUGCCUGAUCGAGGAGGAAGACCCUCAGAGAUUGAGCGCCCACCUCCAGAAAUGCCACCCUGGCAGAAAAGACAGGAUGAUGGAGGAAGGGGAGGUUGGAGGGGGGGAGGACGAGGAGGAUGGCGAGGUGGUGGUGGUGGAGGAUUUGGAAGAGGAGGUUAUAAUGCAGGUCGAGGAGGUGGCAGAGGAUACCAGGGCAGGGGAGGAUACAGUGAUUAUGGAGGAAGGGGAAAUCAUAAGAGGUUCUGAAUGCACAGCUGUCUAGACUGUUUUGCCAAAAGUUUACAUUUCAUGAAUUGAUUCUGGAUCUGUAAAGGUAUUUCUUAAUGGCCUAUUUGGUACAGACAGUAUUCCUUCUCAAUAAACCAGAAAUUCGUUUUUUUUA